AUGUCCAAAAUCGAACGCAUGAUGAUCCAGGGCAUCCGCUCCUUUGGCCCAGAAAAAGCAGAGGUCAUCAUCUUCACUGCGCCCCUCACCCUUAUCGUGGGCUGGAACGGCUCUGGCAAGACCACCAUCAUUGAAUCACUCAAAUAUGCCACGACCGGCGAUCUCCCCGCAAACAGCAAGACACAGGGCGCCUUCAUCCACGACCCCAAGCUGUGCAACGAGAAAGAAGUGCUGGCACAAGUCAAACUCUCCUUUCGAUCCACCUCAGGAGUGCGCAUGGUUGCCACACGCAACCUUCAAGUCACUGUCAAAAAAUCCGUGAGGAGCCAAAAGACUCUAGAAGGCUCACUCCUCAUGAUCAAGGAUGGCGAGAAGCACUCCAUCUCCACUCGUGUCGCCGAACUGGAUCAGAUCAUCCCUCAGUACCUAGGCGUGUCCAAAGCCAUCUUGGAUAACGUCAUUUUCUGCCACCAGGAAGACAGUUUGUGGCCCCUGAGUGAUCCUGGCACUCUCAAAAAAAAGUUUGACGAGAUCUUUGAGGCGCUCAAGUACACCAAAGCCAUCGAAAACAUCAAGCUCAUUCGAAAGGAUCGCAACAUCGAACUGGGUCAGCUCAAAAUCAUCGAGGCAAAUGCCAAAGAGGACAAGACGCGCGCUGCCAAGAGCGAGAAGCGUCAGGCAGAACUCUACGACGAAAUUGAAGGGCUCCGAAAGACAUAUGCGACAGUGGACGCUGAAUGCGACGAGGCACAACGUGAGGCUAGCCAAGCCUAUAACCAUGCUGCACGCUUUGAGCAGAUUGUCGCCCAGCUACAGGCUAAGCGCAUUACAUUUCAAGCCAAUCAGGACAGCGUAGCUGCCCUCCAGGACAAUCUCAAGGAGAUGGCCGAGUCGGACGACGAACUUCAGGACAUGUUGGAUCAAUACGAAGCGCGUGUGGCUACUUAUGCCUCACAGUCAACUGAGCUUCGACAACAGUAUAGCAACAUUCAACAUAAUCUUGAAGAAAAGCGUGCAGCUCUUGGCGCAAAGCAGAAUGAGAUUGGCAAGUACGAGGCACAGAAAGAGCAGCACGACCGCCAGAUUCAGCAACGCGAGAACACCAUCAAGGAAACUGCCAAACGCCAUGGUAUCCGUGGUUAUGAUUACGAAAUUGCGGACAAGCAGGUGACUGAGUUCCAACAAAUCCUCAGUAAGAUGUCCAAAGACCAGAACAAAGCCCUCGACCGCGUUCGUGAAGAAACGCAGCGUGAACUUCGCACUGCUCAGGACGAGCUCAAUGCGCUCAACACACGGAAAUCUGGGCUUGCUCAACGCAAGGAGUCCGCACAGACUCAAAUCGUAAGCAAUGAUAGGCGAAUAUUGGACUUGCAAAGGUCAAUGAACCAGAUCAGUGCCGACGAAGGGAGCGAAGCUAUUUUGCAAGACAAGAAGCACGAAGUCGAGCAGCAAUUGCAAAAUGCGCUGACAAUGGCGUCUUCUGAGCGCUACGAAGAACGUCAACUCGAAGCUUCAACAAUGGUACGAACACUAGAAGACCACAAGGAGCGUCUGACUGCAGAGCUUGGAGAUGCUACUAAGCAAGCUCGCGAGUCUGCUUCAAUCGACAACAAGCGUGAGGAAUUGCAAAACCAGCAGCACAGUCUGGCGACGAUGAAGAAGGUUCACAACAAGCGUCUCUUGCAACUCCUCGAUCCAGAGUGGGACCCUGCCAGUCUGGACACGGCGUAUCAACGGGUGUUGACGGAGAAGGCAACCAAGGUAAAAGAAGCUGGCUCUAAACGUGACAUUGCGCAAACCAAACUCGACAAGAUCAAUUUCCAGCUUGCUAGUUCCGAAUCACAGCUGAAGCAUAGUCAAAAAGAACUGGAGAAAUAUGAGGGUAUUGUGAAGGAGUCAAUACAGAAAGAUGACAUCGCAGACUUUGACGAGACUCUGCAGCAACUAGAGGAGGACUAUGAGGCAGCUUCUUCUGACAAGGCCAAGUUUGAAGCGCAGAUUGACUACAUGAGCAAGUGUCUCGAAGUAGCCGAGCGAGAUAAUUGCUGUCGUCUUUGCAUGAGGACUCUUCGAGAUGAUCGGUCAGAGGGUUUCACUACAGCGGGAUUCAUCUCCAAGCUGAAGGAAAUCAUUCGUAAGGCAAAAGCAAACAUGCAAGGUGACAAUGCAGAUGAGAUUUUUGCUGAACUGGAGGCUGCCCGCAACGCGAAACCAAGUUACGAAUUGGCGACACGUCUCCGAGAUACCGAUCUUCCUGCCAUCCAGGCAAACAUUGCCAAGCUCAUAAAUGAUCGUGAUGCAGUUAACGUGGAGCUUGAAAAAUGGGAUUCACUCAUAUACGAAUUGGAGGCGGAGAAGCAAGAGGUGGAAUCAUUGUCCAAAGAGGUCCAGACCAUUGUCGGUUACUUCAACAGAGCAUGCGAGCUUGAGGACCAGAUCAAAGAACUCUCUCAGAAACAAAAGGCCGCAGGCUUGUCAAGGGGUAUCGAUGAAAUCCAAGUGGAUUUGAAAAAGGUGACUGAGGAUACUCGUAAUGCUCGUGCGAAGCUCGACGAGCUCACUACCGCCAAAGACAAGUCCCGCAAUCUGAUCACGACGCUCGAGCUGAGCGUUCGUGAUGUCAAUGCAGAGCUACAUCUGGCUCAAUCUAAGCUAAAGGAGAAGCGCGCUCUUGCUGAGCGCAUCGAGGAAUUCAAGAAAGAGAACUCAAAACUGCGCGAGGAGAAGCAUGGCUUUGACAACGAAAUGGAGAGGCUUGUUCCAGAAAUCGAGCAGGCGCAAUACAAGUAUGAAGACAUCAACCGCCGAAGUAACGACCGGGUGCAACGUGCGCACGACGAGGCUUCAAAGCUAUCAGAUAGUCUUCGUCAGCUUACGCAGGCAAAUCAGGAAAUUGAUGCAUAUGUCAAGCGUGGUGGCCCACAACAACUUACUCGCACCCAUCGAGAUAUUGAAAAUCUCCAUGGGGAAAUUGAACGCAUCCAGGCCGAGAUGACGGACGUCACGCGGAAAAUAAAGAAAAUCGAGGACACCAUGCGGGACACUGAGAUGAUGAAACGCUCGAUCAGUGAUAACUUACGAUUUCGCAAAGCCAAGCGCUCUCUAGAAACUCUGCAAGUUGAGAUUGAGAAGCUUGAAAACGCUGGUGCUGAGCGUGACAAAGAGCAUUAUGAGCGCGAGGCUCGGCAAUGGGAUAAUCGCUACCAUUUGCUCAACACCGACAAGAUCAGCUUAGAACGCGAUAUGAAGAACAAAGACGAUCAGCUUACUGAGCUUAUGAACGAGUACAAGAACCUGUACAAAGACUCUGCCAAGCAGUAUCGUGAGGCACACAUCAAGGUUGAAACUACCAAAGCCGUCAUAGAAGAUCUGGGUAGGUAUGCUGGCGCGCUUGACAAGGCCAUAAUGAAGUAUCACGAACUCAAGAUGGAGGAAAUCAACAAAGCAAUUGCUGAACUUUGGCGAAACUCCUAUCAAGGUACUGAUGUAGACACGAUACGCAUUGCAUCCGAUGGUGACGCAAAGGGCAAUCGAACCUACAACUACCGUGUCGUCAUGGUGAAACAAGACACAGAAAUGGAAAUGCGAGGCCGUUGCUCCGCAGGCCAGAAGGUUCUGGCCUCGAUUGUCAUCCGCCUCGCGUUAGCGGAGUCCUUUGGCACAAACUGCGGCCUGAUUGCACUCGAUGAACCGACUACGAACUUAGAUCAGCAAAACAUCAAGGGUCUCGCUGAGUCGCUGUCCGAGAUCAUCAAGGUGCGACGGAAGCAAGCCAACUUCCAGCUUCUGGUCAUCACGCACGACGAACAGUUUCUGAAAGAGAUGAAUUGCGCCGACUACACUGAUAUGUACUGGCGUGUUGGACGCAAUAUGAAGCAGCAGUCUUACAUUGAGCACCAAAACAUUGCUGAGGUAAUGGCAAUCCAACUCCCAUUGAUGCUGGACAACCCAGACACACGCUCGUGA